AUGUCGCUCUCCGACCAACAAUUAUCCGCCAUCACAGCCGCUGAAAGAGUAACAUCCAUCCUCUCUGUCGUCGGCACCACAAUUGUCAUAUCCACAUUUCUGAGUUCGCGCGCUUUUCGGAAACCCAUCAAUAGAGUCGUGUUCUUCGCCUCGUGGGCCAAUAUCUUGACUAAUGUCGGAACGUUCAUAUCGCGGACGGCGAUUGCGCAAAGGGAGCACGGGGUGGCGCUUUGUUGGUUCCAAGGUUUUCUUAUUCAGUGGCUCAUGCCGGCUGAUGCAUUGUGGACACUGGCAAUGGCGUUUAAUGUCUAUCUGACCUUCUUCCACAAAUAUGACGCUGUGAAAUUAAGACGUUUAGAAUGGAAAUAUCUUGUGCUGUGCUAUGGUCUGCCUUUUAUUCCGCCGUUUAUCUACUUUUUCAUCCAUUCAAGUUCCAAGGGUCCUGUAUAUGGUUCUGCAACGUUAUGGUGCUGGGUUUCUAUUGAAUGGGACAUCUUGCGAAUCGCCGUCUUCUACGGCCCAGUCUGGUUCGUCAUUCUGCUCACCUUCGCCAUCUACACUCGCGUUGGUAUCGACAUAUCCCGGAAACGACGCAUGCUUCGAAGUUUCAACAAAGAAGCGAGUAUGAUGAUGGAUGAGAGGCUGAAUAACCUGUUUGAGAUUCAUGCCUCCAAAGUCGUGCAUGUCACUAGCGAGGUUGUGAGAGAUACUAGCCACAGCAACGACAGCAAUGGCAGCAAUAGCAGCAGCAGCAACUACAAUAUCGAUCCCAACGGCAAUACCAAUGACAACAGUCACAUAACCGCAUAUCCUUCAUACUCCGUAACUAUCGGGCGAGGCGAUGAAUUCCCAUUACCGCCAUCGGCGCCUUCGACGGUCGGAAGCACCAGCGUCAAAAUAGCAGCAACACCAUCACGACGUACCCCAAGGAUAGAUAUCAGCUCAGCUGCAUUUGCGUACUGCAAAUACGCCAUGCUUUACUUCGUUGCACUGAUAGUUACCUGGGUCCCCUCAACAAUAAACCGCGUAUACAGCCUCUUCUACCCUGACCAGGUAGUCUUCGGCCUUCAAUUCGUAUCUGCUUUGGUUCUGCCUUUGCAGGGUUUUUGGAACAGUAUCAUUUAUAUCGCUGUCUCCUGGGCAACGGUAAUGGAUCUCAUUGACCGUUUCAGUGCUCGUUUUCAGCGGCGGUCCUCGUUGUCGUCCUCCAAUGAUGCGACUGCGGGAAUGAAGAUGAAUCAUUCUUUCCCUAGAAAAAGUAGUCAUUUGUCACCAGGAGCAGCACGGAAUACUGGUGGUCAAGCGAAUAGAAGGGUUUCUGAUGAUGCGGAAAGUACGACGUAUUUUGCGAAGGAUGUUGAAGGGAGGCAAGGAAUAUAGUCUGCAAUGUAUCAAAAUCUGAUGUGUAGUAUAUGUAUCAAUAAACAAAUUACUUGAAAGCCU